GGCAGGAUCUGUUUGGGUGUGUGACGUGGCGUGAUUGGUGCCGUGAAUCUGCGCAACCAUGGCGAAGAAGGGCAAGGGAGUCAAGAUGAGCAUGGUGAGCCGACAGACAGACAGGAAGAGGCGAACACACACGAGGCAGGAGGAGCGCUGGAACGAACAGAGUGAUGUAUGUGUGCUUGGCGUGACGCUGUUGACGUCAUAUUCCGUCUGUCUGCGUUUGCCUCGUGUGUGUCGCGUUGUGUUGUGUGUGUACCUGGCAGGCCGACUUGGCGCAGGAGUUCGGCGGUCCUGUUCCGGGACAGUCAAGCCUGCCCACCGAGUCCGGCAAUGCGUAAGGACACACCUGCCCUGCACACACCACACACCGACAGACACAUCUCUCUCUGCUGCACCGCACCCAUCUUGGUGUGUGGUACACUACAUGGCAUGGUGCAGUCCUGAGGGCGGUGAUCGCCGCAGGGGCGGGGGCGACAGAUACAGGGGAUGGGACGAUGGUACGCACCGCACAUAAAUAUUCACUCACUCUCAAUCGAUCCAUCGACCAACACAACACGGGCAGACAGAAGACAGACAUCUACAUGUGCUUACUGUAUGCACCUGUGUGGGUGGGUGAUAUCUGGUUGCCCAGAUGAUGCGGGUCGUGCGGACACUGGCGACUGGCGUGGCGGUGGUGGUGGUGGUGAUAGGGACCGUGACCGCGACAGGGACAGGAGGGACCGAGACCGACCGUCCAGAAUGGACGAUGGUAAUUGAUCAAACACAACCAAACAGAUAGAUACCCAUCGGGCGGGUCUGGUGUGUGGGGUGGACGCACAGCACGACACACGACGCAGUAAGUGUUAACUGGCCUUGUGUGUGUGUUUCGUGAGGCAGACGACGGGUUCAGCCGAGCCGACACUGGCGACUGGAGGUACAUCCCUUCUUGCCCUGCCCACACGCACGUCCACACACACAUACACAUACAUGCGCGCCUUGUGUGUUGGAUUCAUCGUCGGUACGUCCUUGUGUCUGUCUGUCUAUGUGUGUGUGUGGAUCUCCCGACCAGGGGUGGCUCAAGGGACAGGGGUGGCUCAAGGGACAGGGACAGGAGGGACGACCGGGACCGCGACCGUGAUCGGGACAGAGACAGAGAUCGACCGCGAGAGAGAGAGCGGUACGUCCAAUCCAAUCACAGCUGGUCGAUAGAUACAUCACGUAUGUAUGAGCAUUUCGAUUGAUUGAUGUGGUUUGUGUCCAUUUAUUGUUCACUCAGUGACCGCUUUGCCGACGACGAUGACGACUGGCGCGGCACGGCCAGGGAGGAGAGAGGCCGCGACAGAGACAGGGACAGAGACAGAGAUAGCCAUAGAGACCGGUGAGUGAGCAUGGCAUGGCAUGGCAUGGCAUGUCCUUCCCUCAUACAGACAGACAUGCGAGGAUCUGUGUGUCACUCACUCCACACGUGUCGUGCAUGUAUGUAAUGCAGCGACCGUGACCGUCGUGACCGGAGCCCUGACAGGGCCCGCGACAGGGACCGUGACAGGGACGACUCGAGGGAGAGGGACAGGGACAGAGGUGGCGGCAAGUACAUCCCACCAUCGCAGGUGGGGUCGGGUCGACGGGCACAAACAGACAGACGGACAUCUACACUACACUACCCACGGUCUGUCUGUCUGUGUAUCGAAAAUGUCGGUCGGUCGCUUGUUGGUUGAUUCCUUCAGCGUCACCGGUCCGAUCGUAUGCGCGGCCGUGACGACUCCCCCGAUCGCGACAGAGACUGGCGGCACCACGACAGAGAGAGGGACAGAGAUCGAGACAGAGACAGGUGCGCCACAAACACGUCAAGGCGUCCAUCCAUCCAUCCCCCUUUCGAUGUGUGAGUAGGGAUCGUGACCGUGGUCGAGAUGACUGGCGCGGCGGCGGCGGCGGGCGUGACAGGAGGCGGGACGACUCACGAGAGCGGAGGAGAGACGACUCACCCGACAGGGACCGAGACAGGGAUAGAGACACGUAAGGAAAGAUACACCAAACACAGACAGCGAAUACGUCAUCCCCCAACCACCCCAUCCGCCUGUGGGUGUUGUGCUGUCACGGUGUGUGCGGGUCUCAUAUCCAUCAGUUGGCGUUCCGGCGACUCUGGCCGCUCCCGUGCUCCCCGCUACGACCCCGACAGAAGGGACGACUGGCGGGGCGGCGGCGACAGGGACAGGGACAGGAGGGAUCGGGACCGGGACGACAGGCGGCGUGAUGACGACAGGUUCGACGACCGGGGCAGGGACAGGCGCGACAGGGACGGCAGCAGGGAUCGUGACAGAGACAGAGACAGAGACAGGGACCGACUGAGAGAUGACGACCGCUUCAACGACAGGCGGCCUGACCGCCACAGGCAUGACGAUCGCGACUCGAGGGACGGCGACAGGGACGAGAGGGACAGGGACGACCUCGACAGGAAACGACACGACGACCGAGAGGAGGUGAGACAGCAUCGCAACACAUCAUCUCUCCUACUGUCAUGUUUGUUUGGACGUCCGCGGUGUCGGCCUCUUGUUGUUUAGGAGAUGCCACGAGCCGUCGAGAAGCCUGCUGCCGAGAAGGAGGACGAGGCACCAGUCCCAGAGGACGCCAAGGAGCCCCACGACACCAAAACGGAGCCACCACCAUCAGUCAGCGACGCCGACAAGGACGUCUCCCCCCAACCGCCACAAGCAGUCUCUCCCGAGGCCGACAAGGAGCAAGACAAGGAGGACCAGAAGGAGACAGAGAAGCAGGAAGAAGCGGAAGAGCAGAAGGACGGCGAGAAAGAGGAGCAGAAAGAGGCUGCCGUCCAGCCGGUCGUUGACGUGUCUGAGGAUCGGCGGGAUGACGACACGAGGGAGGAGACCAAAGACGAGGAGACACCCACAGCAGCAGCCGACAAGGAACAACACGAAGAGGAGCACAGAGAGGGACACAAGGAGGAGCACAAAGAUGAGGAUGACGACAAACCGAAAGGUCAGUCAGACCACGUGUGCCCCACGCACAUGUCAUCCAUUCACCAUGCCAUGCACUCUCUUCUCUCCUUGUUUGUCCCUCUCCGUCAUUGGCCGACUGAUCAGCCAAGUACGUGCCUCCCUGGAAGCGUGCAUCAGAGGCGGCCGAGCACGACCCUCCAGUGCGCGAGUCGCCCCCUCCCCGGGCACUCCGCCCCGACCCACAGCACCACAAAGACGACGACGACAAAGACAAAACACCCGGUGAGAAGCAAACGAGGGGAAGUCAAUCACAGCACAGACAGGUGCGCAUGAAGCGUGUGUUGUGUUGUGUUGUGUUGUGUGUGAAGGUGGUGGUGCUGGUGGCGGCGGUCGUUACAUCCCCCCGUCGCAGCGCAAGAAGAUGGAGGAGGAACAGAAGAGACAAGAAGAGGUACGUACGCCACGCCCUGCUGCAAUUGACCACACACACACACACACACGCACACGUCUCUCUCUCCAUGCGGCGGCGUGAUUCAUGCGUGCUUCAGGUUGCACGGGCGGCUGCAGCCAAAGCCAAGGUGAGUCAGAGACUUACUGACUGAAGACCAGCAGCACUGGGAGCAGGCAUACCAACCUCUUGUGUGUCUGUGCGUGUGUGUGGUGGCUAUCUAUCAGGCCGCGGGUGGCCACCGUCCGCUCACCGAGGAGGAAGAGGAGAGGAGACGCAUCAAGGAGAAACAACGGUACGUGUACACCAUAGAUAUCUAUGGUGGCCAAAUGCGCACACAUGUGCAGUACACGAUGCAUCUACUGUACUCGUCUGUCUGUCUGUGUGUGUGUGUGUGUGUGUGCAGUGAGGAGCGUGACCGUAAGCACCGCGAGGAGGAGGAGAAGAAGAAGAAAAAGGAGGAGGAGGAACGAAAGCGACUCGAGGAGGAGGUACGCACUCAACCACACAUGUGAUGUGCGACAGAGACACACACGAGCAGCUACAAUUAAUAUGCGUGUGUGCGUGUGGUCAGGAGCGGACGCGCCCGUCAGAUGAGCGGAUGUCCAAGCUGGCGGGCAUGGUCAGCCGGUGCCUCGUCGACGAGAUCACAGCCGACAAGCUGGUCAACGAAGCCGACCAGCUGCUACAAGAGGUACGUACACGCAAAUCGACUCUCCACACACACAUUUGUUUUUGUUUCGUGUGUAAGUCUGAUUGGCAUCAUGUGUUGCCGUCGGCCACCAUCGCCGAAGAGCUGCUCAAAGCUAUCGAUGGUACUGUCUCUACGCAUCUCUGACUGACAACAGGGGGAGGGGACAUGAGACAUCGACGGCGACUCGACUCUCCUUCUAUAUGCUGAUGUGUGGUGGGUUGCAAUGCAGCUGGUGUGGCUGAUGAGAGUCUGGAGAGCACCGAGGCGGUGAGUGCCCUCGUGGCCAAACUCAAGCCCACACUCGAGAAAAUGUUCCAGGUCAGCCAGGGAGGCAGUUAGGGAGGGAGGGAGGGACAGACACACAUGGAUAUGCACGCGCAAGCGUGUGUGGCAUACCAUGUAUGGAUGGCACUCACUUUUGUGUUACCUCAGACGUCUUGCAUCCACCGCCACAAGCUGCGGUUCCUCUUCGCCAUUCAGAAGGGCACACUCGGUAACUAACGUAACCAGCAGCCAUGCACUGCACACGGCAUGGCCUACACUGUAAUGUGUCUGUCUGUCCAUUGUGUCCAUCGUGACAUAGAGUUGCGUCACAUCCGCAUAUCGCCGUCGUGGGCUUUGGUCGAGGCCGUCUUCGACGCCCUCUACAUGCAGGACAUCAUCGAGGAACAGUACUUCAUAUGGGUAACUAACCUAACACACACAUGACUGACUGACACACAGGGAUACAAAGGAUACAUACACUGACUGCACUGCACGGGCCCCUGUGUGUGACGCAUCGCUCUGCUUCCGUGUGCUGCAUGGCGUGUCUGCAGUGGCGUGAGGACGAGCAGGACAAGACACCAGGCAAACAAAAGACACUCUUCCAGGUACACACAGGCACAAACACACACAUACACACACACGUCUGCGCCGUCCAUUCGUCCGUCCAUCUGUGCAUCCAUCCACCACUACUAUCAGGUGUUGAAUUGGUUGGACUGGCUCAAGACGGCCCCGUGUGAGGGCGACCCACGUGCUGCCGAGAUCAACGGCCGCAAUGACAACAACGAGGAUGAGGACGACGAGGACCAAAUCAACGGGGAAGACGACUCUGACGACGACAUUGAGGUCGGUCAGCCUCAUUGGAGAGACAGAACAGAGAGAGAGAGGGAGAAGGGCACUCACUGUUUGUGUGUGUUGUGUGUGUGUGGUUGGUGCCACCAGGCCAACAUCCCCAAGAGCCGCAAGCCCAUGUACACGUUCGUGCCCAUGCGGAGGUGACGUGACACACACCAAACCUGCCCGCCGUCCCACACGUAUCGCUGGCCGGCUGUCGUGGUAUCUGCUCUGUCAUUUUUAAAGUAUGAUGAACGAUCGAUCGAUGACGUGGGUCAACACACACACACACGCCACGCACAGAGAGAGAGGGAGAGAGAGAGGCAGAAUUGAUGCAUGAGUUCGUGUAUUGCAUGGCAUGCAUCGCUUUCAAUUGAACCACAUACACACGUUGAUGCGCAGAGUGAGGCGUUUUGAAGCGAUGAAGGAUGGACGGGUUUCGCAUGUGCGUGUGUGUGUGUGCGGGGCGGAUGUGUGGGUGCAGUGCAGCGAUUGAUGAGUAUGUGCUUGCCUGCCUUGCUUGUUUUGACAGCGCUGCGUGCGUUUGUGCGUUUCUCCUUUCCCUGUCGUGGCGUGGGUGCGGUGUCUGCAAUUGGUUGCCUGGAUGUUUGUUCCCUCGUACUACAUGCCGUGCGUAUUACAUGAGUGCCCCAUUGCAUGUGUGUUGGUGGGACUCCUGCAAGUGUCCCACAGCUUAGGCGUGGUGGGGGAGGCUGAAAGAUGGGAUCUUCCACAUUGAAAUAUCAUCUCAG